AUGUCGUUCACACCUACAAAACCACAUCUCACCACCGCUCCUUCCUCUUCCUCAUCCACUCGAUCGCCUAAUCCUAACGUGCUCUUGGCUCAAACUACUGGCGAAAGGAACCUUGCUUCUUCCUCAACUUCAUCAUCUCAGAUAGGACCGAGUCAAACGAAUAGAUCUGAUCAAGUACUCUAUCGGUUUUAUCUCAAGACUGUGGGGGUCCUGGUAGAUGGAAGACUGACCCAUUAUGGAGGAGCUGUAGGGAAGAAGACAGGCGAGAAGAAGAAAGAUAAAUGGUUCAAUCUCAUUCUUCCUGAGGUCGACUUGUAUAAAUCCGAUUUACAACUAUAUCGAUCUAUAUCUUCUUAUCACCCAUAUUCAGAGUCAGGAUCGAGUCCCUCUCCAGAAUCAUGUACUAUCCCUCCACUUCUCAUCGCCUUCACUCUGGAUACGAGUGAUAUACCGAAUGGUCAGGCGUUAUUGUGGAAUAGAGGCGGUGGGAAGAUACCUCUUGACGUUGGGUUAGCAGGAAAGGGCAAAGGCAAAGAGAAGGAGAAGAAGACCGGGAUUGUCUUGGAACGAUGGACAUUCAGAGCGCAAUUACCCCUCUCCGAUAUACCUUAUUCCUCUCAACUAGCGCCUCAUACAGCUUAUAGAAUUGGUAUCAUCCAUUUCCGAGCGCUCUUCUCCCUUAUUCGACUUCUGCCUGCUUAUCGUCUGUUUCGUCGUUUGCGCCGGUCGAAUAACGGUCUUCGCAUGGGGUUGAAGUUGUGGGGUCCGGAAGGAUUUCCCAAUACUCCAGAAGGGCUUGUGGAAGCGUGGGAAAUAAUGGAGCGCGGACUUGUGGGACUAGAUACAGGGCUAGACAAUUUAGUGUCCAGCGAAGCAGUCCCACCUGAAGAGAUCGAACAAUACGAUUUUCCAAAACUGGAUCUGUUUGGGAACGAAUAUACAUUAACUGCAGAAUAUAGACCAGAGGUGGAUUUUCACAUCGAAGACAUGGAGGCUGUUCUGAGUGAAAAAUUCGUUGAUAUGGAUGAAGAUUGGUUCACACCCACUGUUUCCCGUCGAAACACGGAAGAUGAAUCAAACACAACCACUAGGUCUGCCUCCAAUCCGAGCAGAAUCAAGCCUGAAACAAAUAGAAAGUCAUCCUUACCUACACCCAUUAUCUCCAACAACUCUCCUAUACCUCAAAGGCAGCCUGCUCUAGCUGUUGGAUCAUUAGUAUCUGCAGGGGGAGGAUCAUUCUCGGCUACCACAAGACCUGGCGGAAGUAGAGUACCGUCUAGUCAUGAAAAGAGGGGAAAUGUUGGAAGUAUUGGAACAGAUAGAUGGAGUUCUUUUGCAGAAGGUCUACCGUUCGCUGGGCAGACAUCACUUACAAGUCAAGGUCAAGAGCCGCCUUCGCCCAAUAUGGCUACACCGGCUGCGAUAGUAGCAGCUCGAAGAUUGUCUGGACAUUCCAUUCAACCUUUUGCUUCUGCGUCACCUUCGACUUCGCUAUUGAGGUCGACACCGCCUCAAGCUUAUGUGGGAUCGCCUAUUCCCGUAUCCUCUGCUCGACCAGUCAUGGGAUCAUCUCGACCAUCAUCUGUAGGCAGGACUAGCUCUUUUCUAUCGCAAUCUGGAAGAUCGUUUACCCAUGCCCAAUUAGCAAAUAUGUACGCAGGCUCUGCCUCUCCACCAGUGACUGGUGCCAUGUCAGGUAUGGGCGUUCAGAUACCCACCUCUUCCCCUGCUCCAGGUCAAUCGCCUGUCUCACCCUCUUCACUUAGCUUUACAAAACAGCCUGUACCCAGAAGUAUUUCAGGGAGACCAUUAUAUAUGACCCCUAGUGCCUCUUCACCUUUCAUACCUGAAUCACUAGAGAGAGAAUCACCCUUGUCUUCAGCUUCAGGUGCACCGGGCAUCAUCAAGCGUUACUCGUCUUCACUGUCUCAGCGAUCAGGUCGAGCUGUCAGCGGACCGGCAGGUGGUAGCAUGACGAUGGCUGCAACAAGUGGAUCUCAAGGAGGUAGUGGUGGAGAAGGUAGUUUACCUGGAAGUGUCGGACAAGGACUACUUCGACGUACGAGUACAAGAGAAAGUGGACUACGUCAUAGCCUUGAAGGACCAAGCGUUGGCAGAAUGCCUGUACCUGAUGAGGAUGAUAUCCAGGCUUUCCUAAAAACCCUCGAAGCCUUACCUCAACCACCUUCGCUUGUUGCUCAAGCUAUUCAGUCAUCGCGAUCCCAUCUUCCUUCGACUUCUUCAUCACUUUCAGCUCCUUCUGUCCCACUUACUCCUUCCCCAUUACUCACUUCAGCAUCUGGUUCACCAGGGAAUGGAGGAACGGCAACGGCCAAUAUGUAUGGUGGUAGAAUACCCAUGACUCGACAACAGGUGGACGAUGAACUCAAACGUAUGGCCGGCUCGUUUUCGAACAACACUCUCUCUUUCGGUCCCACAAUUGAAUCUGAACCAUCAUCAAUCAGAGCAUCAAGUUCCAACUCGACAAAUCCUUCUUCCAUCGGGCUCCUCAGUGCUAGUAGACCCAGUUCAGCUAACAGAAGAGUAUCGAAUUUGGAAAUUAAUCGCGAACCACCUUCAUCUUCAAGACCGAUGUACAGACGUCAAACUUCAGGUGAGAAAUCGCCUUUGGGACCUGGUUCAAUUAAAUCGCCAGUUAGAGCAAGUCCAAUGCAACCUCUAAAAUCCGCUGAUGGAGUAAAUAAGCACUCCUUGAAUGCUCAAAGUAAUAUCGCCGCUAGAAGUUUACCUGGGAGAGGAAGAGCGAGUGAUUCGAUCACUGUCUUGGAUGAAGAACACCUAUCUUCGAGAGCUGGGACCGGAGCAUCAAGCGUGAAUCCGAUUGGUGUACCUGGAAUGGGAAUCUUGUCUCCGCAAAAUACUGGUGGUACCGCCAACAACGAUUCCAUUAGAUCUAGAAGAGGUCCAGUUUUACUUAGAGGUGGAUUUGGUGACUCAAAUGUCUCCGGUAGACCUACAACGGCAACCUCCAGUCCGUCUCACAGUCCAGUAAGAGACAUAACCCAUAAAGCAACAGGUGUAGGAUUGGGUAUACGAGAAAAUCAGGGUCAAUCACAAGGAGGACAGAUUUCGAGAGGUAUGACUACCAUAGAAGGAGAUGAGACAACUUCGUCCAACAAUAUAGGCGGAUAUGUCAUUGGUGGAUUCAAAUCACCUUACUCGCGAAGGUUAUCAGCUGUCUCAUCAUCAUCUAUCACACCCGGACCAAAUUCUUCGAAUGCAGCUACCGCACUAACAGUUGAAUCUGGAGGCGGAGGAGCCGGAGGGAUAUCAGGAUAUCCAGGUCUGCCAACUCCUUCAUCUAGAUCGUUGAAAGAGCAGAGAACUGCUCCUUCCUCAUUAGGUAGAGAAGAAGUUCCAAUCGGCGUAGGGAUGCAGACCGGAAACAAUGUUAAUCCCGGUUUGCUCAGAGGCAGGACAUUCAGAUCAGGUAGCGAAGCUGGUAUAGGUAGAUUGAGUGAAGAUGAUUUAGAAGGAAAGAUGAGUGGAAUAGAUCUAUCGGGACGAGACAAGUGA